AUGGAGCGCGGCAACCUGUACGACGGGCGCGAGCGCCUCCGUCCGGGCACAGGCCGCGCAGGCGGGGUAGACGCGCGGCCGGGGCGGGAGGAAAAGCCUGCGCGGCCGCGCGCGCCGAGCGCGGUGCAGUCGCCCUACCGCACGCCGAUUACGCCGGCCAGCUUCUACGGCAAGCCGGAGCGGGGUGGUGCGGCGCGCAAGCGCGACGCGCCGAGCGCGCCGUCGCCGAGUGCCAAGCAGCCCAAGAUGGCGUCGUCUCCGCCGCGACUGCAGCACACGCCGACGCGCGCCAGCGCGUCGCCCGCGGCCGACUCGAGCCCAGACGAGCUGAACCUCGCGCCGCUGCCGCUGCGUGCGCGGAUGCGGCCUAAGGACGCGCCCAGCACGCAGAGCCUUGCGAUUCCGCUCUAUGCAAUGUACCUCGAUGAGGGCUGGUACGCGCGCGACGCGCGCCUCGAGCUCGUGUCGUUUGCGAAUCACUUUACCGUGAUGCUCGGCGCGGACGAGUGCUGCAAGAUUGCUAUGCGCGACAUCUUUAACUGGACGAUUGGGGGGGAGGAGCACAAGCUGUUUGUUGUGUCUGUGCGGAAAGCGAGCCUUGCGUCGCUGCUGCGCCUCGCGCCAGGCCUCGAGCCGGAGGAGGGCAAAGCGCACGUCUAUUUCUGGGCGAAUGCGAGCUCGGGCUAUGCGGCCAAGCAGUGGGACGCGCUUAUCGAACGUGUCCGCGGCAGCGUCCUACAGCGGCCUGCGUCUGACCUCGGCGGGGCAAAGGCGGCUGAAUUGCAGCGCCGCCUCCAAGCGUCGGAAAAGCUGCCGAUGCGCCUUCCGUCGCCCAACGCCCUUCCUGCGCUUCUCCACGACAAGGCGACCAUUGCGCAGUCCAAGCCGAUUGCCGUGCGCGAGCGGCGUAGCACGCCGCAGUCGAGCCCGACGCCCGGCGAGAAAAAAGUGAUACCCCUGACCUCGCCCCCGUCGUCCCCCGAGCCGGCCGGGACGGUGGCGCGGCGGAGUGCGCGGCACACGCCCGCCGACGAGUCGCCCAGCGUGCCCAUUCUGCGGUACCCCGCCUCGGGGCCGUUUGCUGUAACGAUCCUCGAGUCGGAUCUGCACCGCCUCGACGCGGACGAGUUUCUGAACGAUACCCUGAUCGAGUUCGGGCUGCGCUACCUGCUCGAGCAGGUGCGCCAGCGCGACGAGGCCCUUGCGUCUCAGAUCCAUGUAUUCAGCUCUUUCUUCUUCCUCAAGAUGAGCGAGUUUCGCGACCGUGCCAAGUCGUACGAGCAAGUGCGCAAGUGGACCAACAAGGUCGACAUCUUUUCGAAAAAGUACCUCGUGAUUCCUAUCCACGAGCAUAUGCACUGGUACCUCGCGAUUGUCGUGAACCCCAGUGCAGUGCUCUCGGCGCCUUCCGACCCACAAUUACGCCGCUCGGCACGGAAUACACCCGACGUGGACGCGGCAAGCGCGUCGCCCGCACCGAGCGCCAAGAGCGCCACGCCGCCGGCCGGGCGCGCGGCAGGCACGCCGCCGCCCCAGGCGCCACGCCCUGCGCGUACGCCGACCAAGAUUGUGCCGGGCGAGCGGCGCGUCGCGACGCCGGAAAGGGCCCCGCCGCCCGAGCAGGCCUACGUCCUGGUCCUCGACUCGCUGGGAUCGAGUCACGGGCCGGUCAAGACACUCUUGCGCGAUUACCUCCGUCUUGAGGCGCGCGACAAGAAGCACAUCGAUGCAGACGUCGACCUGCGCCGCCUCGGUGACCCAGUGCACGUCGACGUCGACGUCGCCGAGCAGCCCAACUACUGCGACUGUGGACUAUACCUCUUGCACAACUUCCAGUGCUUUUUCUCCGAUCCACAGACCUACUUCCGCGACGCGCUGCGUUCACGCAAAAGCGCAAAUACAAAGGACACGCCACCCUCCGACCUGUGGCGCGCCGGCGACAUGGACCAGCGCCGCAAGCAUUGGCAAGACCUCUUGCGCAGCCUCAGCGAGGAGUGGAGCAGCACAUAG